AUCUCAAGCAAUUCUUUAAGAAAAUCAGUCAAUUUCCUCUGAUUACAUUCUUGUUAUAGCCAAAGCUACCACAUCCAUAUAUAUAAAAUGGCUUCAUGUGAUGGAAAGCUUGAAGUAGAAGUUGAGGUGAAGUCUCCUGCUCAAAAGUUUUGGGAAGCCCUUAGGGACUCCACCAUUGUCUUCCCCAAGGCAUUUCCUCAUGACUACAAAAGCAUCGAUGUCCUCGAAGGCGAUGGCAAAGCUGUUGGAUCCGUUCGGCUUAUUACAUAUGCUGAAGGUUCUGCACUUGUGAAAGUAUCAAAGGAGACGAUCGAUGCAGUGGAUGAAGUCGGAAAGGCGGUUGCUUACAAGGUGAUCGACGGAGAUCUGCUCAAGUACUACAAGAGCUUCAAGUGCACCCUAACCGUGACUCCCAAGGGAGACGGGAGCUUGGUGAAAUGGUCGUCUGUGUAUGAGAAAGCACACGAACAGGUUCCCGAACCAAGCAUCAUCAAGGAUUUUGCUGCCAAGAACUUCCUGGAGCUGGAUGCCUAUGUUCUGGCUAAUUAAUUAUUUGCAAGCUUAAAUAAGCUAGCUUUGAAGAUCAUUGGAGUUUUUCCUUAAUAAAUAAUGGCCAAAUAAAUAAGAUGAGUCGAAGUGUGCAUGCUAAUGCACAAAGCUGGUUUGAUCUAAACCCUAAUCUGUAAGCAGAUUGCACCCUAUAAUAUUUUUCGGUUUGGA